AAUGACCGAUCCAAACACUACUGCACAGGGACCUCAAGUGAAGACUGAGUCAAGCCCAAUCUUGAGCGCCCCUGAGAUCAAUGAAAUACCAGAGAUCAUUGAUCUCGACAAUUUGCCAGACGCUCCGAGAAACAAUCCCCAGAACCAACAACCAACGGUCAAUCAGGCCGAAAUGGAUGUAGAGCAAGAACCAUCGUUGCAUCCCCAGCAAGAAAGCUCCGCGGAGAUGCCUGGUGUAAACAGUGAAUCAGUACCAGCAGACCGACCUCAAGCACCUAUGAAUUCUCUCAAUGAACAUGGCGAUGUCAUUGUCCACCCACCCAAGUUCCAAGCCCCCGACGAUGUGGCAGCCGCACGCAUGGAAUUGUAUGAGGUCUUCCGUCGUGCUUGGACCUCAUCUGACAUUAACUAUUUUAACGAUCCAAAGAUCAUUCAUGAUCUAGCGCAUUACAAUCAACGAUGUACCGGCAAUUCUGAGCAAUUCAUGAUACAGAGCAAGACAAUGGCCGAUAUAAUCACCGGGAUCUCUUCGAUUGUAAAUGUCCACCCUCCCUUCAGCCAAACGACGUUAAGAGAGCAAGUCAAUAAAACCGCAACUCUUUACAAUACUGUAGGAAGCAUCGGUGCUUCAUGGAAAGAUAUUGUUGGUGAACCAUAUUACGUCCUAGUAGAAAAUUUCGCAAGGGACUUCACGAACGGACCCUCAAACUUGGAAUCUCUUUUGACGGAGCUGAUGAAACCAACCCCAGUCCAGAGCCGUCAUCUUUCAAGUGUUCGCGGUUCACUUGAUGUACUUAUGAUGGUACAGGGUGCAGAUGUCACCAGCUGCCUGAACAGAUUGGAAGAGAUUGACAGGAAGCUGAUUGAAUCGAACCUCGGAUCCAAAGUCCGAGACGGUGAUGUCUCGCUUCCGUGGAAGUAUAUAGCCUCAGCUGUAUGCUCAGGCAAUACUCAGUCCACUGCGUUUGCGGAACUUCAUUUCUAUCUGACCUGUAUGGGUGUUCCAGGGAACAUCUCUAAUGCCCAAUCCAAUUUGCUCUCGCAGGACCGAGGGAAAGAAAUAUUCAAAGAACGAGUUCUAUCGACAAGAUAUGUAGAGCAAGAAAAGAAGGACGCCUUACAAGCCAUUAGAAGCCAUCAUGGCCUGGAAUCGAGAAAUCAAGACCGUGCCACCGAUGAAAAAAAGGUCCACUUUACGUCAAGUGAUGGCCUGCCUCAACAGGGAAAUGCGUCUCAGUCUCAUCAAACAUCAAACGACACCUCCAAGGCCAGCAAUGGUGGAGAUGCAGACAAUGAGGGCUUGCUGAUUACCAUGGAGAUGCCAGACAUGUAUCCAGAAGGCGUGCCAAAAACAACAGUAGCGUGGGGAUAUUAUGCGGGUGGUCGAGUGUUCUACAUUAACAAAGUCGGAUACACUGGAGGCUCAGCUUAUCGCCGUGAUACCACCCCAUGCGGUCCUGAUAUUGCCAGAUGGGAGAGGCUUGAUGAAAAAGACAGCAUCAAGUAUGACAGGUUUGGAGACAAACGUAACGGCACAAAAAAGGUUUACACAAGACGGCAUAUAGCUGGUAUAGGCGGCGUCGUGUUGGAUAUUCUUAAAUACGGCACUGUCGACAAAGCGCUCCAGGCUCUCAACCCCAAUAUUGAUAAAGACUAUUGGGAUGUGACCCCAGUGUUGACCGUUUGGAGACCGAGCGGCGGUUUGCAAGGACCUACCGUUCGACGAUGGGAGACUCGUGGCUGUUUCCGCGAUCGAACAAGGAAAAACGCAGCGGAUCUCUUGAUCUAUCAGGCAGCAAUGGUACAAGAGCAAAAUCUCACAAAUCUUGUCAGAAGGACACGUUCACCUUCAGCAGGAUUAAUACCGAACCAAAUGAACAACCUGAGGGCUGAAUCGUUGCCACCUCAACAUGCCUCGAUUGAUCCCACUCGACCUGUUCCAAGCGUUGAGGAACCGCGAGGUUUUGCUCAGUUCGCUGACCGUAACAAUCGAUACCCUACCCCUGCCUCUCCUGCUUUACGAAGUUUUGCCCCGGAACAGCCAUGGAAUGUUAAUGUUCCGCCUCCGAUAUUCAGCAGUCACCCUCGGACUAACACUUCCCAAGCACCAUCUUCCGCCGAGGAAAUGCUUCUUAAGUCCUACUUGCAAGAUUACAACUGCACCAAGGUUUCGGAUCUACCUUUUGAGGUACAGAAGAAGUAUUUUAGGAUAUUGAAAGAAGCAUUCAACUAA